AUGACCUCGUCAGCAGCACAGGAAGCUGUAGAAGAGAGCAACACACAGGCUGCCCCAAAGUGUACCGCCCCAGAGCUUUUGCUAAAGGUGGUAUUGAUAGGCACUUUGAGCCAUUAUGAGACCCGUGGAAUGAUUGACGACAAGAGACUGGAACAUUUGCUACUUGCGGGCAAGCAGAUAUUAUACAAAAGCCAUCAGGAAAGUGGCGUAAGACAAAAUCUAGGAUUCUCACCUGCAAUAUGGCAGGGACUUACUGAUGUGCUCGCUAAAGCUAUCCCGGUACUGGAAUCUCAAUCUUUUGCCUGGAAGAACCCAACAUCUGCAAACUAUGAUGGCUCCUCAUCCAACUUGAUUGCAUAUAACUAUUUCCCCCUGGUUAAAGAUAUUGAAAGGUUGAACGAUCUUUGUACGAUUGCGCGGAACCUACUUGCAACAACAAAGAAAGCACAAAACCUCGCUGCUGAAAAAGGGUUUGACCAACGGAUUUUGAUGCUGAUCGAUACUUGUGUUAGAGUGACUGCUAGAGGAUACGAUGGAGAGAGCAAUGCCAGGAAUGAAGAGAGAUGGCAAAAAGUUGUCAGUCUCUAUAAACGAUUAUUGAUUACGUGUCUUCAGUUCCUCCAUAAUUUCAUUAUGCACAAUGAGCACCGGAAGCUUGUUCUCUGGCUGGAUCUGUUUGGCUAUCACCAAAAUGGUGAAUCAAGCAUUAUCACACAUAUGGAACCACUGGACCAAUCAAAUAGCGCUGCUCAAGGGCUUGCACCGAUUGUCAGAGCUGGUGAAAGGCUUGUUAAUCCCCCGCUCAGGACGCUCUAUGACCAAACCGCAGAGGACUUAUUAUUGGAAACCAUCUCGUCUUUCCCACGAGAACCUGCCACCAUUAAAGAAGAGGCUGCUAUGCUGCUUGCUACAGCAGGCUUUCCACGCACUUGCUGGACGGAUUUUCCUAAUCUUGACGAUUAUGGCGUUAUAUCCGCAGUUGAUGCACCAGUAACUGCGGAAGAUCGAACUAUGACGCGUUCAGCGCAGUCCGCAGCUGAAACUCUCCAAGAGGCCAAGGACGAACUUAUGGCGCGCCUGCAAGAAACCUCUCCUGUCCUUACAGAGGGAGAGCAUCAUUAUGAUGGUAUGGAGCGUAGUGGUGUUGCUGAUGAUGAUUCUCGAAGUCUGGAAGCAGUGGCGGAUGGAAGUGUCGAGGAGGAAGAGGACGAGGAAGAUGAUGACGAUGAUUACAGAGGUCGCCCUGGGGACCAGCAACGAGGCCUUUUAACUGAUAUUCCUUUGGUGCUAGGGCCUGCAGAGAUUGAGGCACUUCCUAUGUUAAUCCAAGCUGGUAUUGUAGACAGCUUUGGCCCGAAAGGUGGGCCUAAAACAGGGUCAAAAAAUAUGCAAGCUGUUCGUUGCCAUAUCUUACUCGCCCAAGAAACUGGAAGAAAUCUACUCAGGGAGCUUUUGAUAUUCAUUGCUGCAUGGGAUCUCCCUGAUGACGAACUUUAUUUCAAGAUGAUGGUUCAAAUUAUGGAGGCUGUGUUAAACAAUGGCCUUAUGUCGCAUGCCUACUCUGAUUUCGGCCAGGCUAAGGAUAUCAUAUCCCCAGCUCAAGCGGUCGUUAUCAAGAUCCUUACACAUAUAUUCCGGUCAAAGUAUUCGCCACCAAACAUUACAUCUACGACAGAGACUCCGACUGGGAGAAGCUCUGUAGCUGUUACCAAGGUUGAUGUUUUGACGGUGCGUUAUAUAUUCACUAUCUUCCGUGGCAACAUCAUCCCGGAGACAUGUGCUUUGAUAUACCUUCAGGGCCAGAUCCGAGCUGGACACGCCCUUCCUGAGGAUUUCCCAUUGAAUUUGUGGGAUAUGGAACGGGUUUACGAAGGAGUGUACCAAUUCCUUGAAUUCUUUGCAGUCUUGACAGAGAAUACAGAAUGGAAGAACCUCCUUGUCCAAUGGGAGAUUGUGUACGAUUUGGUGACGUUGAUCAAAGAACUGGAAGCCAGCAUUCCUAAAGGUUCUCUCAGCUCUCUAACACAAGCAGCCGCUGCAGCCGCUCCAAGAGCAUCCCAGAAAAGUCCAUCUAAUGAGCCUCCUGCCUCCGAAAAUGGCAGUUCUGCUGCUCCAGUAGCUGUUGAACGGCCAUAUGACCCUAAUGACCCUGAGCCUAUCGACAAUGCCACAGUGGGCGCAGAGUCCAGGGUACCUUCACCACCAAUUGGCAACGAAGAUCCUGCAGAAUUCGAAUGGCGGAACCUCAAGAAGCUGGUAAUAUUAGUCCUCUCCUCUCUUGUCUGGAAGUGUCCGCAGGUACAAAACCAAAUUCGAAAAUACGGGGGUAUCGAGACUAUAUUAUCGUGUACAGCUUUCGAUGCACAUAACCCGUACAUCAAAGAGCAUGCGGUUAUGUGUUUGAAAUUUUUGCUUGAAGGAAACCGGGAGAACCAGAAGUUAGUGGAACAGCUAGAAGCUAGAGAGGUGGUUCAGGAUGAUUCACGCAUACUAGAGAAGAGCGGAUAUGAAGCUGUUUUGGCUCAAACGGGGAAGCUUACGCUUCGUACAAAAGAGGUCAAUGACUCUCCCUCCCCUGCCACAGGUUAA